GUAGCGGCCUUGUGACGUAACCUGCCUUCGUUGAUCCUCGAACGAGACUCAAGACGAACGUGUGCACGCGCAAGUUAAAUUUUAAAAUUCGAAUUAUCAAAGUGAAUUCAAAUUGAAAUAAAUUCUUUGCGUGAAGAUUGUGAUGUUCGAAGUAUUGUGAUAUUACAAUAUAAUGAAGUUUAGCCAAGGAAUUUUGUCAUAAAUAUUCUGAAGCGAAAAUGACGAGGAAAUUCUUAUUUUGUUUUCCCCUGCGACUUGGAAACAUCGUAUUUGGCUAUAUUGUUGUUAUUAUAAGUUUAGUGGUAGCAGCCUUCCAUUUAUACCUCCUUGCGUUAAACAUUAUUUCCAAAGAUGAUACACACGAAGAAAAAUUCAACAAUUUCGAAAAACUCGAAAGUAUAUUUGGCGAAGACAAAAAGGACUUAGUCACUAUUGUCAUUAUGAUAUAUUACUUAACAUAUAUCAUAAUUGGACUAUUGUUAUUAAUGUUCGGUCUUAUAUUUACUGUUGGAGCUUACAAGGUAAACGAGUGCUGUAUAACAACUUUCUUCAUCUACAGCUUCUUCCAUAUAUUCUUCACUAUUGGAUUAAUCGUUUGGGAAGCCAUUACCGCUGGCUGGAUACAGCUCGGACUUAUAUUCGUAUCGGAUGUGCUCCUGAUAACUUGUCUAUUCAGCGUCAAGUAUCUGAUGGAAGCAAUUAGAACCGGGAAUAUCUACACUCGUCCUGGAGAAGCGCUUUAUAAAUAUAAUACAUGAAAAAGAAUAAAUCCAACCUGAAACCCAAAUUAGUAACGAAAAAAAAACACAGUUUCACAAACAAUUUAUAAACUGUAAAAUUAAAGUAUUAUAUUAAACAAUACUUUUAUAUGUAGUACGCUGAGUACUAACAGCCCUUACGUAAAAACAAUUAAAAAAAACAAAAACAUUGAAUCUAAAAAUCUAAAAAAAAGUUUUUAUACCGGCUAUUACCUUUAGAUUACUACCUGAUUUGGAAGAUUAUGAACGAAAUAUAACGACAAAAUACACGAUUUACACAAAAUCUUAUCAAACGUGGUGACAAAAGUCUAAACUGAUGAUUUAUGAUUAGUAAUGGAAUUUCUUAAUAGAGAGGUAAAGGCUUUAGUAGGUCCUUGGACCAGCAUGUAUUUCAGGAUUUAAUCUCAUAAGUCAGUUUUCUUCAUAUAAGUCUUAAUUCCGCCCAUUACAAAUAUAAGUUGUUGUAAAAGCAAAUUUUAAAGGUAAGGUUAUACGUAUCUAAAGUGUUAUAGGUGUACAGUUUUGAAGAAAAAGAAUCAUGAAAUGAUUAUAAAAAUAUACUAGUUGUAUAAAACCUUAAAGGAUUUUAGUAAUUUCAAUAUGUAAUUUUGGAUUUUUUUGCAGCUGUUUGUAUGAAAAAGUUCUUAAAGUUUUUCGUAUUAACGACGUAAGAACGCUUCCAAAUGGUUAUGUAAGCAUAACUUAAUUUACAAGGAU